AGAAGGUUCAUAAUAAACAACAUCAUGGAAGGAAAUCAACGCGUUUCUGGUGCUCUACAACAGUGCGAUUUGACAAGUGUUAUGAAUGAGUGGACUGAAAUAAUUGAACACGUGUUACAGUUUCUUCCUGGUGCAUCACUUGAAGUUUGUAAACGGGUUUGUAGAAACUGGAAGGAAAUAGCAGACAGAAUUCUUAAGAACCGUAUUCCAAAAGUGCAACCCAUUUUAUAUGGCUGGCACAGAGAAGACAAGAGUGGACCAAGCUCCUUUAAAGCUGUAAAGCUGGAAGGAUGUAGGCAGUUUAAGGAUGCUACAGGAGAGAGGAUACAGUGGCUUCCUCUGCCACCUAAGGUGACAAUAAUGUUUGUCAACAAUGAAACCUGGGAAAAAGUUAGUAUCCCGAUGAGCUGUGAAGCUCCGUCCAAUGUAACGCCUACUAAAUCAAACAAGAAAAUACGAUGGAGCAGUUAUAAGCUAACCAUUGAGGAAUACAUCAAUAAGAGAUUACCUUCAAACUGCCCAAUUCUGGGUGCAGUGGCGGGGGGAGCCAUAGGCACCCCCAUGAGUUUGGGACCAUCCUUGGAAAUAGAAAGUGGUCCUGGUUGUGCUAUAGCAUUUAUACCUGAAAUUCCUGGGUUGGAAGUGCAUCAUUUUCUCCUGCCAUUUGAUUAUGAUUCAGAAAAUCUUCCCACAAAAGAAGACUAUGAAAACAUGACAGGAAUCUCCAGAGAUAAGCACAUUAAGGCAAUGAUACUGCUGCAGGCAUCUGAAUAUGAUGUCCCCUUUGAUGCUGCACAUUGUUUUUGGAGCCUGAACAGAGACAUUGCUAUUGCUGGUGGCAAAGUUGACAACAUCAUUGCCCCUGAUUUGGAUAAAAAGAGCGAAGAUGAGGCAUGUAUCUUAGGUAUUGCAUUUAGCGGAGAUAAUGUUCAAGCAGCCAGUGUUAUGGUAGAAAGCCAUAUCAGAGAUCCUAAGGAAGUAGAAUGUCAAAUAAAGAAACUGAAAGAUUGCAACAUUUCAGAAGAAAACAGUUUUGCAUUCAUGUUUGCUUGCCUCGGCCGAGGAUAUUAUUUUUAUCGUAAAUCAAAUGUGGAGGCUGAUAUAUUCCGAAAGCUUUUUCCUAGAACUCCAUUAUUUGGCUUCUUUGGAAACGGAGAAACAGGCUACAACUUUUUGCCAGAUUAUAGCAAAACAGAUCCAUAUGUGGAAACAAAAAACAAGAACUAUACUUUUGGAAGUUUUGAUCAUGGUUAUACUACCAUAUUUUGUUUGAUAUCUGUCAACCCCACUUUGCCUGUCUAGGCUACUCUACUUAAUGUUUAUAAAUACAAAUGUGAAAGAUAGUCAUCAUAUUUGUUUCACUUUGAUAUACAGAGGCUAUUGAUAGAUUGUCCCUAUUAUUGGGAUCAUUGAGUUGACUCAGAUGAAAAGAUGUUGUACUUGUUAUAUCACUCUAUUAAAUAGUAUUUAAUUCUGGAUAAUAUUGCAGUCACUGCCAGCAUAGUGCUGCCAGCAAAUGUUUCCUACAUUGAUAGGGCAGAGUUUGUCAGUUUGACAGUGAUGGGAGUUAAUUUCAAAAUAGAUGAAAUAUAGGUUCCAAUCAUGCACUGAUCAGACUCAGAAUAUUGAUCCAUAUUUAACAAAUGUGCAAACGCUCUAUUUUGUGGGGCAAAACGUAUUUAAGUCACAUUUUUUGGAGUGCAAGUGAAUCAGCUCUUUUUAUUGUUGUCUGUGACAACCCUGGGGAAGUAAUAUGUAGUUUUAAGCUGCCGUAUAUUACAUUUAUGUAUAUAAUGGUGUGUUUAUGUAUUAUUAUGAACAGAUUGUAUGAGAUGUUUUAACUAGUCUGGGAUGAGCUCAUGUAUGCAGAAAAGUAAUGAAAGACAUUAAUUUUACUGUUGUAGGUCAUGUACAGGCACAGAAAACAAAAUCAGCUAAAAUUUGCAACAUUGACUCAAUUUUGGUGUUUUUAGAGACUUAGGAUUGUGACAAAGAGCAACAAGUUUACAACUAAAUAAGAAAGGGACAUUGAGGCUUUAAUAAA